UCAGACGUCAGUUUGCCUUCCUCGCGUGACACACUGACGCAAGCUGCACCCGGUAGCAAUUCGACCCUGACGUCAUUUUGUAGUCCAUUUGACCUCAGAUGCCGGAGAGUCCAUUUGCCGUUUAAAGCUAAGCUGCUUGAAACUUGCUUAACGAGGGAAACAAAAAGGACACGAGUCCCGGGAGGAAUCGCUCAUACAGGUCAUACAGAGGGUCUCUCCUCUCCUCUCCUCGUCACACCAACCCUCCAUAUUCCUAUUUUGACUUUAUGAUCCGGCAGAAAAUGUUUUCACUGUCAACGUCGCUUCAGCCGCAGCAGAUGAUGCUGCCCCUCAGCCAGCUCAUCAACGCCCUCCACUCUCUGAAGAACUCAGCCACAGCUUCGGUCCAGACGCUGCACAGAGACUUCAUCCCAGAGCACAGUUCAUAUCUGAAAGAGCCCAGUGUGAGUCUGAGGGAUCUCGGCCUAUCAGAGAUCAGGGUGAGUCAGCUGGAUGAGCUGGUCAGCAGGUUGCUGCCUACACCGGGCCCUGAAGAACCUCCCGCCGUUCCGUCGUCAUGGAGGACGAGUCACGUUUCUGCAGACAGCUUCUUCCACAACAAGCACGGGUUUUCACACAGAAGGUUGGGCGUGUUUGGCUCCCCGAUAUUCCACAGACAGUAUCACAGUCCUCUAAAAGAAGUUUGCUCAGAGCUACAAUUCCUGCCUGUAUGGGUCCAGACUCGGGGUUUCAAGACACUUAGAACAAAAGCCAGACGAAUGGAGUCUGGUUAUGACGGUCCAGUGGAGUCUGAGCCCUACACACCAACCUUCAUGAAGGGAUUGCUUCAGAGGGAAAAGGGACCAGAGGCGCAAUCACUGGACCAACUGUUGAAACAAAAGAACCUCCCAGACAACCAGCAGGAGGCUUUCAAGACGGGUUUCACUGAGGGCUUCAUGAGGUCUCAGGCCUUCACUCAAAGAACACAAGACUCGCUGAGGAGAACCAGGUUGAUCCUGCUGGUCCUCCUCCUCCUCGGUAUUUACGGCUUGUCGAGAACCCCGUUUCUCUCGGGUAAAGGCUCCUUUUCUGAUGCUGUGAGGUUCCGCACUACAUCUGGUCUUGACUCGGCAGUCGACCCCAUCCAGAUGAAAAAUGUGACGUUCGAGCACGUCAAAGGAGUCGAGGAGGCAAAGAACGAAUUACAAGAUGUUGUCGAGUUUCUCAAGAAUCCCCAGAAGUUCACCGUGCUCGGCGGAAAACUGCCUAAAGGGAUCCUCCUCGUUGGUCCACCAGGCACAGGAAAGACUCUGUUAGCGCGGGCUGUGGCCGGAGAGGCCGACGUGCCUUUCUACUACGCGUCCGGAUCAGAGUUCGAUGAGAUGUUCGUGGGUGUCGGUGCGAGCCGAAUCAGGAAUCUCUUCAAAGAGGCAAAAGCGAAUGCUCCCUGUGUCAUCUUCAUCGACGAGCUGGACAGCGUUGGCGGGAAGAGGAUCGAGUCUCCUAUGCAUCCAUAUUCCAGACAGACAAUCAACCAGCUGCUGGCUGAAAUGGACGGGUUUAAACCAAAUGAAGGCGUCAUCGUUGUUGGUGCUACAAACUUUGCAGAGGCUUUGGACAACGCUCUGGUAAGACCAGGAAGGUUUGACAUGCAGGUCACGGUCCCUCGUCCAGAUGUGAAAGGACGCACUGAAAUUCUCAACUGGUACCUCUCCAAGAUCAAAGUGGACCCUGCCAUAGAUGCAGAGAUUAUUGCCCGGGGCACGGUUGGAUUUUCUGGGGCAGAACUGGAGAACCUGGUCAACCAGGCAGCCCUGAAGGCAGCCGUGGACGGGAAAGAGAUGGUCACAUUGAAGGAUCUGGAAUUCGCUAAAGACAAGAUCCUCAUGGGCCCUGAGAGAAAGAGUGUUGAAAUCGACAAGAAGAACAAGACCAUCACAGCCUACCACGAGUCCGGCCAUGCCAUUGUUGCCUAUUUCACCAAAGAUGCAAUGCCCAUCAAUAAGGCCACCAUCAUGCCUCGAGGACCAACUCUUGGACACGUGUCCUUGCUCCCAGAGAACGACCGUUGGAGCGAGACGAGAGCUCAGCUGCUGGCUCAGAUGGAUGUCAGUAUGGGCGGUCGAGUAGCAGAGGAGCUCAUCUUUGGAGAUGAAUACAUCACCACUGGAGCGUCCAGCGACUUCGAUGGAGCAACCAAAAUAGCAAAAAUGAUGGUGACCAGGUUCGGCAUGAGCGACAAGCUCGGUGUCAUGACCUACGGUGACGUUACCAAGCAGAGCCCCGAGACGCAAGCUGCCAUCGAACAGGAAGUCCGAGUUUUACUGAAGGACUCGUAUGAACGUGCUAAAAAAAUCCUGAAGACUUACAGUAAGGAGCACAAGACGCUAGCCGAUGCUCUGCUAAGAUAUGAAACUCUGGACGCCAAAGAGAUCCAGAUGGUGCUUGAGGGAAAAUCACUGGACCACUAGAUACCUCAGUAGAUCUUUUAGACUCUUGUAUCAUGUAUAUACAUACCUAUAUAUGAAGCUGUGCAAUUGGUGCACAGGCCUUUUGGAGGCCUUGUAUUGCAUUUCUUUUUGUAUUCCUCUUAUUAUCAAUGUGAAGAUGACACUGAAAUCACUGUCACCCCCUUUGUAUACAUUUUUAUUUGAUCUUCAUUUGUCCUGCAUUUUCCCAUAGAGAUGACUUUUGGUUUCACAGCGAUUUGUAAAGCACUUCACAGUUUAAUUGGAUUCAAAUAAAUAUUUGUUCUCCACAAAUUUGAGAUGUUUGGGGUUUCAUGAGAACCUGGGGGGGACCUCUACUCUCAAGAGAAAUGGCUUCUGUCGUAGUUUUAUACAUCAGAGUCAUAUUUGGUAACAACAAGGUCUCAGAACAAAUGAAUUUGACAAAGAUUGUGUUUAAUUCAGGUCAGAUGAUGUGUCAUUUUAACUUUGUACAGACUGGUGAACACCGUAGGACCUUAAAGUACCUCAAUGUACCAUUCAGCUGUAGCAAGGUGGUGCUACCACUGUUCAUUGUUGAACUGAGUUUUUGUCUCUGAAUGAUGUCUCUCAGUUGUAUCUACCAUAUGCUAUCAUUUUGUGUGUUCUUAUUUAUUUAAGUGCCCAAAGGUGUGUCCUCUUAUUUUCUGAAAAUUACUUAUAGGCCCCCCCACAUCCUAUUCUAAGCUGUAUAUAAACUGUAAGUGUGUAAAAUGAUUGGCUUUGUGCUUCUGAUUGUUCAUCUUGAAGCUCAAAUAAAGGUUACUCUUACCCAUGAA